AAUUGAAAAUAUAUCCUCCUUUCUAAAGUACUUCGAGAUCCUCGGAUGACAAAUGCUAUCUGCAGCUAAGUAUUCUAGCUUGAGCUGCUUAGAUUGCUCCCUGUGGCUGCUGCAGAUCUGUUAAAGGGAGCAGUGCAACUUAGUAUUCUGGUUGGCCACCCUCUCCAUUCAGAUGCCUUCUCAAAACGUGCUGCUUUCACAUGGUUUUAUUAUGAUAAUCCAGCGAAGGAAAUCCCAUGUUUACGUAUAAACACUGUCUUUUUGAGAUUGUCCUAUAUCUGAUCCAUCAGUGUAUUUUGUCUGAUCUGAAUGUGUCUGUCUGGCUUAAAUUGUAAAUCCUUCAGGCAGAGACAGUCUUUCUCAUUGUAGUGUAGUGUGCAUGCUGUCGUCAUUCAGAGUUUAGCUACACAUGGCUUGAAUUUCAUAUUGCAUGACUGGGAUCUCUGCUGUCAGAAUGCUGCCUUAGAAGAUGCGUACUAUGUUUGGGGCUAGGGGACUUUUUAAUGGGCCGAUGUGUGUGGAGAGGAGAUGGUACAUCGAUGGGCUCAAGAUAUGAGGUUUUUCAGCAAUAUGUCUAAAUGCCAUAAAGGCAUCUUUCUCUGACUUCCUCCCCAGCUUUCCCUCUUCUAAGAUCUUAAGAAGUUGCUGAGGGAAACUGAGUUUCACUGUUGCUUUGUACCUCCUCCCCAAGGGCUUUCUUUGCAGUACCUGCAUCUGUGUGAAAUUGACUCUGAGUUUGCAGCUGCUGAGGAAAGGAAUGAUAAGCAGGACUGCAGAGCAGACUCGGUAAAAUUCUCCCACUUUAGGUGCAGGCAGGAAAGCACGAAGCAACCUGGCAAAGGAGAGAUUCCCACGAUCCCAUCCUCCGUUCAGAUGUGAAGAUCUCAUCAAUCAUCACAGUCCCUCUCACAUGCUAUCAGCCUUAUGCUGAACCACUUUUCCAGCUGUGCCUAUUAAACAGAUGUGACUUUCCCUUUGGAAGCAAAAUUAGGUUCUGUUCCUUGUCUUCCAUUUCUUCCCACACAACCACUCUGUGGUGAUCUUUGUAAAGUGCACUUGCUGACACCACCUUCCAAAUCUCUUUGGACAGUUUGAGCUGAGCAUGCAUAUUAGUAGGAAAACCAGCCACUCUAGUCUUUCCCCAUGGAAUCCUUUGCUUUCCCUCUAGCCUCCUACACUGCGCGAAGGGACUGGGUUUUUUUACUACUUUGUUAGAAUUUGAGCCAGUGACACAAAUAACAGCUGGCCUUUGGGAAAGAAAAGCAUUGACCAGGAAGUUAGACCAAAUCCAUCUCCUUGUUGAUGCAGGCUUGCCCCCCAUUGUACAUUUUUUAAUGUAUUAUCUAGUGUUAUGUACUAGUUGGUGGUAUUUUCACCAUUUCCCCGGGAGACUAUAGUGCAGCCUCAGAUCUUGGUGUGAGGAACUCCUAAUACUAAACCAUGUUAAAACAAUGCCGUGAUUGUUAGUGUACAGUAAAUUGGGAACAAAUAAGUGACUUGGUGUAUAAGGAGAAUUGGUGUUGGCCUCUCUAGCACAUUACCCUAAUCCUGACUGUUUUUCUUUUUCUUUUAAAGCUUUAGCUUCACGUUACAGAACAGUGUUGGGAAUCCUGCUCACCUGAGAAGCUGCAGGAAAAAGUUCUAGGAGUGCUUCUAAUUGCUGCUGUCCCUGGGUCCCUGCCUGCCAGUCACUAUGUACUGCCUUCAGUGGUUAUUGCCUGUCCUCCUCAUUCCUAAACCCCUCAACCCAGCUUUGUGGUUCAGUCACUCAAUGUUCAUGGGCUUCUAUCUGCUGAGUUUCCUCCUGGAGCGGAAGCCAUGCACAAUCUGUGCCUUGGUCUUCCUGGCAGCCUUGUUCCUCAUCUGCUACAGCUGCUGGGGGAACUGCUUCUUGUAUCACUGCAGUGGCUCCCAGCUACCUGAGUCUGCUCAUGAUCCCAGCAUAGUCGGUACCUAAAAGUACCUCCAGCUUGCUGACAGCUCUGGGUUUGCUUUUAAAGAGGGAGGGUUGGGUGAGGUCGGGGGCGGGGGGAGGGAGGGCUUGUUAGGCAUGUGACUGAAGUACAAGCAGCCUGUUUUCUAUAAUGUGUGUGGACUACAGCGGCAAAUUCCUGACCAGCCCUCCCACUUUGCCUAUGAAAUUUGAUGUCAGUUGUUUACUGUGUGAAUUCUGGCACUGCUACCUGCUUUUAGAAGCAGAAGAGUUAUAUGUUUUCCCUUCUCUUAUUUCUGGGAAUGGGCACUGGCCCUCCCCUCUGACAAGUGGUGGAAGAAGGACCUGUCCAGCUAUUGCCUGCUGGUCAUCUGUUUUUGUCUCUCAGUUGUCUGUAUGAGGCCACAGCUGUCUCUGUGGGAGCCUUGGGCCCACCAAUUCUGCUGAAGCAGUUGGAAGAUUCUCCAUGUUGCUGUUUUCGGGGGAGCUAGUCUUCAUUGAACUGCUGUUCAAGGGGAUUUGCAACAGUUAACAGAUACACUCAGCUGAAAGCUGCUGGAGCCAGAGAGUGCUGAGUCGUCAUCUCCUGCUCAUUAUGCCAAAUUGAAAAAUCUGCACUGCCCAAGUGCUUUCUGAACUACUUGCAUUCUCCCAAAUCAUAACUGAAAAAACUUUUGAGUUGUCAUGAUGCUGCUUUUGAAGCGCUUCUCACAGGCAUCAAAGCCUGCCUCCCUCUCUGCUGGAUUUCCAGUUGACAGAGGUCUUGACUCUUUGGAUACAAAGCAUGCUCUGCUGUGGUGUUUGGGGUUUUAAUUUCACUGUUAGUUGAAAACUGUCAGCAUUCCUAGCUGGAAUGAAGAGGUGAGAGCAGGGAGGGAGGAUUCAAAGUUUUUAGUAAGCAUGAUGUAGGGUGGUUCAAAAUAGCAAAUGGUUGUAUCUAUUUAACUGACAGUGUUUGCAGGCCGGGACUGUCUGUGCAUUUUCUUUUGUCCCAAGCAAACCAGCUGCUGGUAAUGUGCAAUGGAGGGAGGGAGCAAUAAAUGGCUAGUGAGCAGUCCUGGGAUCUCUAUUCUCUCCUGGCAGGCUGGUUUUGGGGAGCCAAGGGAGGUUUCCCUAGUGGCACUUGCUGUACAGCUUUCUUUCCUGCUCAUCUUUUCCAAUGCAUAGCAGCAGCUCCCAGAGGGAAUGGUGUUCCUUGCUGUGGCAAAUGUUUGCUUGUGAGAAACUUAACCAGUUCUUGAAAUACACUGGGUCUAUAAACUUUCAAGGUUAUGUUCCUGUCUGCCAUCCAUUUGUCUCCACACAAGCUUCUCCUACUGGAGAGCAGCAUAGAUGGUUGCUGCUCUCUCAAGGGAGGUUAAAACUAAAACCAGCUGUGAAACUUCCAGAGCAUUGUAUUAUUUGUUCACUGCACAGCUGUUCACAAUGUUCAAUAAAGCUUUAUAAACUUUGGUCUA